CUGGUCCAUCGGGGACAGUGCACAGUACCUGGCUGCAUCAUGAAGAGAGGAGUCCUGUGCCUGACACUGUUCUCUGUACUGAGCGGAGCCUACGCACAAUUACCAUGCGCCCUGAUCAUACCCAGCAUCCUGCGGGUGGAGACCCAGGAGACUAUCAUAGUGGACGCACAGUUACAGAGCACAUCGUUUGAUGCAGAAAUUGUUAUUCAGGAUUUCCCACUGAAAUCACGUGAAUUGGCAACAGCAAAAGUUUCACUGAACAGCGUCAAUGGCUUCCUUGGAAAAGUCGAUAUAAAGAUUCCUGGCAAAGAUUUGAUUAAAGACACAAAUAAGAAGCAAUAUGUGUCUGUGGUGGUGAGGUCGAAGGAGUGCUCCCUUCAGAAAGUCGUUUUGUUGUCCUUCCACAUCGGAUACAUCUUCAUACAGACAGACAAGCCUAUCUACAACCCUGGAACGCUGGUAAAAUACCGUCUCUUUGUCACUGGACAUUCUUUGGAGCCUGAUUCCCGAACUGUGGAUGUGGAGUUCAUUAACCCUGAUGGGAUUGUGGUGAAAAAAGACCGUUUUUCUUCUGGUGAACAUGUUGGCAUUGUUGAAAAAACAUUCAACAUUCCAGAGAUCACUAAUGAGGGAUUAUGGAAAAUCUCCUGCAGAUUCCAAGUGGCUCCUCAAGAAAUCUUCAACACAGAGUUUGAGGUCAAGGAAUAUGUUCUGCCGAGUUUUGAAGUCUUGUUGGAGACUCCUCAGAAUCACUACUAUGUGGAUGACAAUGACUUCACUGUGACCAUUACAGCAAAAUUUCUGCAUGGGAAGGCGGUGGAAGGUUCUGGAUAUGUGAUGUUCGGAGCGAUUGAUAAUAAUGAGAAGAAGAGCUUUCCUGACUCUCUUACUAACAUUACGCUUAAAGAUGGGAAAGCAGAAGUGAAACUGCAGAGGUACAUGAUCACCGGACGAUACUUUGAUCUAUCUCUCCUCCUUGGAAAGUCUCUCUAUGUCGCUGCAACUGUGUUGACCAAUGCAGGCAGUGAUAUGGUGGAAGCAGAGAAGACUGGGAUUCCAGUGGUAAACACCGCAUUCAAGAUACUUUUCACCAAGACCUCCAAGUACUUCAAGCCUUCAAUGCCCUAUCUGGCCAAGAUUUUGCUGCAGAAUCCUGAUGGCUCCCCAGCCCCAGGUGUUGAGAUUUGUACGGUGGAUGACACAUGUUCUAAAACCAGCACAGAUGGCACAACUGGAAUUAUUAUAAACACCAAAUCUGAAAUCCAGGAGUUAAAAAUUCUUGUGCGGACUAAGGCUGAAGAUAUUCCUGAUCACCGGCAGACUGUAGGCUCUUUGACUGUGACAGCUUACAAGCCAUUGAGCGGAUCUAAAAACUACCUCCACAUCGGUCUCACGGCAACCCAGGUCAAUCUGGGUGAAAACUUGCAAGUUCAGUUUUAUAUGAAGAAUGCAAUCCUGAGUGUCCAAAGAAGCAUCACCCACAUCAUCUACAUGAUCCUCAGCAAGGGCCGGGUCAUAAAAAUGGAGCGCGUGCAGCGUCAGCCAGAACAGACUUUUAUUGCCACAUCAAUUGUGAUCACAGAGGAAUUCAUCCCAUCCUUUCGUAUGGUGGCCUACUACGUGGUGCCUGGGGCCCAAAAAGAGGUUGUGUCUGAUUCUGUGUCAGUGGACACGGCGAAUUCCUGCAUAAAACAGCUUGAACUGUCUGAAGAUACAAGGAAUAUUGUCCGGGAUCCCCAGCCGGGGUCACGUGUGGUGCUGAAAAUCACAGGAGAACCUGGAGCCAGUGUCGGCAUGCUGGCCUUGGAUAAGGGUGUCCUUGUCCUGAACAAGAAAAAUCGAAUGUCACAAAACAAGGUCUGGGGCGAGGUGGAGCGGAGCGAUCUCGGCUGUACGCCAGGAGGUGGCAUCGACAGUGCUGGGGUUUUUACUGAUGCCGGACUUGCUGUUGAAUCCAACCUGGGCCUUACCAGUCAAACUCGGAAUGAAUGGCGCUGUGAAGAAUCAGCAAGAAAGAAGCGCUCUGUGGCCAAUGUUGCACGAAAAAAUGAAAAGGCACAACAGUUCCAGGAUGCCAACCUACGCAAGUGCUGUGAAGAUGGCAUGAAGGAAAAUAACAUGAAAUAUACCUGCCAGAAGAGAUCCGAGUAUGUCCUGCAACAAGGAGAGUGUGCCAAGGUCUUCCUUGAGUGCUGCAAGUUCAUCUUUGAGCCAAAAAUCAUACGGGGAAAGCCUAAGAGACCAAUGUCCGCAAGGCCUGGAAUCUUCCGUCCCAGUUCCAAUAUCAUAGACACAGAAAAGGCAGGGAGUCUUGACCAGGACAGCUAUGAACCCAUGGAGAAUUUCAGGUCACGGAGUAUCUUUUAUGAGAGCUGGUUGUGGAAGAUUGAGAGACUGCCCACUAGAGCAGACAGCAGAGGGUAUGCAUCAAAGACUAUCAAUGCCAACUUACCAGAGUCCAUCACUACUUGGGAAUUCACAGCAAUCAGCCUCUCUCCUAACUCAGGUAUUUGUGUCGCUAAACCCUUUGAAAUGCUCGUGAGGAAAAGUUUCUUUAUCGACCUGCGUCUCCCAUAUUCGGUUGUGCGCAACGAGCAAGUGGAGAUCCGGGCCAUCCUGUACAGUUAUAUAGACCAUGAAAUCGAGGCUGUAGUGGAUCUGAUCUACAAUGAGAAGAUGUGCAGCGCAGCAACUCGAGAAGGCAAUUUCCGCCAGGUGGUCAAAAUAGAACCUAGAGGGACUCUGAUCCUCCCGUUUGUCAUUGUUCCUCUAGUGACUGAAGAUAUGAACAUAGAAAUCAAAGCUUCAGUCAAAGAUCAUUUCUACACCGAUGGAGUGAUCAAGCAACUGAAGGUCGUGCCUGAAGGAGUAAAAGUUCUAAAAAGUAUUCAAAGUGUCAUCCUGGAUCCCCAACGCUCAGAAGGCACACCCGGAGUCCAGGUCAUCACCAUUAAUACUUUUCCACCAACUGAUAUUGUUCCGAACUCUGAAGCCCAGACCUACGUUAGUGUAAAAGGCAGUCUUCUUGGAGAAACUUUGGAGAAUUCCAUUGAUGGUGCCAAAUUGAAACAUCUAAUCACGGUGCCCUCUGGUUGCGGAGAGCAGAUUAUGAUGAGCAUGACGCCGACUGUGAUUGCCACUCGUUAUCUUGACACCACCAAUCAGUGGGAAAGACUUGGGGUUGAACGCAGAGCAGAGGCCAUUAAAAACAUUGAACAAGGAUACAUCCAACAGAUGACAUAUCGGAAACCUGAAAACUCCUACUCUGCAUUUACUAACAGACCUGCCAGCACUUGGCUCACCGCCUAUGUGGUGAAGGUGUUUGCAAUGGCAACAAGAUUGAUGAACGUAGAAAAAAACAUCUUGUGUGGGGCUAUGAACUGGCUCCUUUCCGAAAAGCAGUUACCCAAUGGAGUGUUCAAGGAAGAUGCUCCAGUCAUACAUGGAGAGAUGGUGGGAGGAACUGGAAACACCGACCCUGACGCUUCUCUCACCGCAUUUGUCUUCAUCGCCCUAGUGGAAGCCAAGAGUUUCUGCGAAAAGGAAGUACCGGAUCUAGAAUCCAAACUGGAUAAGAGCUCCACCUACUUGGUGGAUCGGCUGAAGACCUUGAGGAAUCCAUACAGCAUCUGCAUUACGUCAUAUGCACUCUCCUUGGUGGGAAAACUUCCAGAUCACAGCCAGCUCAUAAAAAGUUCAACAGGUGGCACCCAUUGGGCAGACUAUUCCUCAGAUCUCUACAUGAUUGAAGCCACAUCCUAUGGCCUACUGGCCCUUCUCAACACCAAGCAGUACCUAUUGGCUGAACCUGUGGCCAGAUGGCUGACAGAACAAAGAUUCUAUGGCGGGGGCUAUGGAUCCACACAGGCCACCAUAAUGGUGUUCCAAGCAUUAUCAGAGUUCCAGAUUCACUUACCCCAAAUGAACGAGAUUGACAUGGAUGUGACCCUGUCUUUACCAGGGAGAAGGGAAACCUUUACAUGGAAAAUUAACCCAGACAACGCCCUUGUCCAACGCAGCGAGAAGGCUGCAAUGAAAGACAAGAUCUCCGUGACGGCCAGAGGAAAGGGACAGGGUACGCUGACGGUCAUGUCCUUGUACUAUGUGCCACUGGAAGAAGGAAUCGCCCCAUGCAAGAAUUUUGAAUUCAGUGUAACACUUGAAGAUGUGCCAAAAGAAGUAAAAAAGCCAAUAGGAGUCCUGAAAUCCAUGUUCAUAAACAUCUGCAUGAAGUACCUUGGUGUUACGGAUGCUACGAUGACAGUGGUGGAUUUAACGCUGCUCACAGGGUUCACCCCGGAUAUGGAUGACCUCAGUGCGUUGACAAACCGGGUGGACAAAUAUAUCUCCAAGUAUGAAAUGGACACGGAACGUUCUGAGCGAGGAUCCCUGAUUAUCUACCUGGAUAAGGUCUCCAGAUCAGAUCAGGAAUGUGUGAGGUUCAAGAUUCACCAGAACUUUGAGGUUGGGAUCCUCCAGCCGGCAAUGGUUUCCAUAUAUGAGUAUUAUGCCAUGGGGAAUACCUGCACCAAAUUCUACCAUCCCACUGAAGAAGGAGGAGAGCUGAAGAAGAUCUGCAGAGAAGCCGAGUGUCACUGCAUUUCAGAACGAUGCAAUCUGAAGAAUGCCUAUAAAGGGAAGCUGGACUCGGUCUCUCGGGUAGACGCUGCAUGCCUCUCCAGCGUGGAUUUUGUAUACGAGACCAAAGUCACAAAAAUUGAGAAGAAAGGUGCCUAUGAUGUCUUCUUCAUGACAAUCAGCCAAGUUGUUAAGCUCGGAUCAGAUGAAAUAGGGCCUGGCACGCAGCGCCAGUUCUACAGCCACAUGGGCUGCAGGGACGCCAUCAAAGUCCAAGAGGGACGAUCAUACCUCAUCUGGGGACAUCGCGAUGACAUCUGGGAAAUGAAGAAAGAGAAGUCCUACGUGAUCAACGGUGGGACCUGGUUUGAGAUCAUCCCCACCAAGCGGGAAUGUGCCACCACCAAGCAAGACAUCUGUGAGGAGAUCUACAAGUUCAUUGAGCACCUAUCACUGCUGGGCUGUAGUCACUGAUCAUCCGGUGACACCAUGGAUCACCAUUAUUCUUCUGUACUCUAAAUAAAUGGUACCUGGAUGGUUCUCACCUGUCUGAGGUCUACAUUCACUAUAAAUAAAUGGUACCUGGAUGGUUUUCACCUGUCUGAGGUCUACAUUCACUAUAAAUAAAUGGUACCUGGAUGGUUCUCACCUGUCUGAGGUCUACAUUCACUAUAAAUAAAUGGUACCUGGAUGGUUUUAACCUGUCUGAGGUCUACAUUCACUAUAAAUAAAUGGUACCUGGAUGGUUUUCACCUGUCUGAGGUCUACAUUCACUAUAAAUAAAUGGUACCUGGAUGGUU